UAUAAAUACAGGCUGGAGGCAGAGGAGAAGCUCAGAUUAGACUGCAGACCAACAGUGCAGGAACUGUGACUCUUCAGCGAUGGCUCCCACUGUGUUUGGACCAGCAAGCAAGGAACAGCUGACUCCUGCUCAUAAGCUGAGGAAGCCCAUGGUGGAGAAGCUGCGCAGAGAUCGCAUCAACACCAGCAUCGAGCAGCUCAAGUCCCUGCUGGGUCCCGAGUUCCUCCGGCAGCAGCCCGACUCCAAGCAGGAGAAGGCCGACAUCCUGGAGAUGGCCGUGGCCUACCUGAGGGGCUGGCAGCAGCAGAAGCAGCAGCAGCAGGCCGGCCUCACCUCCAGCCCGAUGACGGCCGGCGACGGCUACUCCCACUGCGUCCAGGAGGCCGUCAGCUUCCUGUCCCACUGCCAGGUCCAGACCCAGGCCCACCGGCUGCUGCUCAGCCACUUCCAGGGUCUGCAGACGUCCAGCAGGACCGGCCAGAGCCCCGGCAGCCCUCCUGGAUCUCCCCUCCACCGGGGCGGCUCCAGUAAGGGUGGAAACCAGGCCAGCUGUGCCCUGUGGAGGCCCUGGUAGGACCUGGUGGGACCUCCACCCUGAGAGAAAACUACGUCUGUGAAGGUCAUGGACAGAAAGUUGAAGACUCAUGAAGUCUGUUUGCUUUUGCUCCUGGAGGAGAAUCGAUGUUUGAGUGUUUGACGUUGUUCCUGUGGAAGGACUGAAGAGAUUCAGGUUUUACUGAAUAGAAACAGUGUGUUUGAACAUUUUAUUUCUACAGUUUUUACUCUGUGUUUGUGUUCAUUGUUCCUUUUUGGGAAACUGACUCUGUUUGUUUUGCAAACAUCUCUGUGUUAUUUUAACCACAUUGGUUUAAAUCUGUCUGAUUGAUUGAUGUGUUCACGUUUAUCUCUGAUACUGAGUAUCACUGACUGAUUGGUUUCAUCAGUUUGCUGCUGGUGAAUCAGAAAUGAGACCUACAAGGAUCCUAUGGAUCCACCUUCACUGUAAAUCUUAUGAUUAUCCUUUUAUGAUUCCACCUUUAUGAUGACUGUGUGUGAAGGCGUGUUACUGAUCUGUAGCUGCUUCCUGUCAUGUUCAUUAUGGAUGUUUUCAUCUUCUGUUUACUGCCUUUUAUAAAGGUGUUUUCUGUUGAUCUUUGCUAUAAAGAACCUGUCGUGUUGCUUCCUUGAGAAGUUUGAAAAUAUGAGAAAAAAUAAAUGAAAAACUUCUUGUGAAGUUUUGCAAACAUGAACAA